CAACAAAACCGCGCGUGGUUGAAAUCCUCAAACAGAAGCGCGUCGCCUUCCAUUCGGCUGCAUCCGAUAAACACGCAACUUGUGUGGUGGAUCAGUAACAUUAGCUACACGACAACCGCAACGACGAAAGAGUGGGAAAAUGUCUGCAAGGACCACAGCAAAGUACGUGAAGGAAAUGGACCGCAGUCAUCGACGACCGGAACAUCUUUGGCUGCAGCCUUAUGUUGUGUUGCGCAGAGCAGACAUCAGUAAAGCUAUUCGUCCUAAGCAGGAGGAGCCAGACCGCACUCGCAUUAAAGAGGAAGAUGUGGGCGAAGAGGUCCACCACUUCAAUGAACAAAUGGAGCAGAAGUUUCUUUGCACUAAAAAAGAGGAGGAAGAGCCGGAGCGGCCUUGUCAGAAAGAGGACGGAGAAGACUCCUGCGACAUCAAAAAGGAGGAGGAAGAUACCUGCGAGAUGCCAUUGACUGGUGUACUUGUGAAGCGUUUAGAUGAGGCUCAACAUGAGGUGAGCAAAGGGGCGGAGCCUCCAAGCUGCAGCUCAAGUCCACAUAUGACCAGAGAAGGUGAUGGAGACCACUGUGGGGCAUCACGAGCAGCUCCACCAUCAGAUAGUGAUGACGUGUUGUCACAUGUUCCUGCUGAUGAUGAUGAUGAUGACUCUCAAAACAAACACAGGCAAUGUUCUCACUGUGGAAUUUUUUUUGCUCAUAGCAGUAGUUUGAAACAACACAUGAGAAUGCACACAAGAAAGAAAAACUUUUCCUGUUCAGAUUGUGGCCAAAAGUUCUCUCAGAGGGGACAUUUAACAAUGCACACAAGAAUCCACACUGGCGAGAAACCUUUUUCAUGCUCCGUUUGUGGCCAGAAAUUCUCUCAGAGUGGACAUUUAACAAUGCACACAAGAAUCCACACUGGCGAGAAACCUUUUUCAUGCUCAGUUUGUGGCCAAAAAUUCUCUGAGAGGGGAAGUUUAAAAAAGCACACAAGAAUCCACACUGGCGAGAAACCUUUUUCAUGCUCAGUUUGUGGGCAAAAGUUCUCUUGGAAGGGAAGUUUAAAUAUGCACGCAAGAAUCCACACUGGUGAGAAACCUUUUUCAUGCUCAGUUUGUGGCCAAAUGUUCUCUCAGAGGGGACAUUUAACAAUGCACACAAGAAUCCACACUGGCGAGAAACCUUUUUCAUGCUCAGUUUGUGGCCAAAAAUUCCACACGGGGGGGCAUUUAAAUAUGCACACAAGAAUCCACACUGGCGAGAAACCUUUUUCAUGCUCAGUUUGUGGCCAAAAAUUCUCUGAGAGGGGAAGUUUAAAAAAGCACACAAGAAUCCACACUGGC